AACGCCUACAGUGAAUUUAAAAGCAAUUAAAUAUAAAUAAUAUUUAAUCGUCGCGUACCAUACAUACUUAUGCCACUAUAUGAUUCACACAAACCGUGAAUCGUGAGAGAUUAGUUUAGUCGUUAUAGUGCCAGUGUGUAGUGCGGGUGUGUGUGUGGCCUAUUUUUUAACCAUCUGUUACCAUGGACUGGCACCAAAUUCUACGGUUAUUUUCGACAUGGUUUCAAACCAUAUCCGACGUCCUAGGAGUACAAUGGGCUCCCACCAACCUGCCCAUGAACAGGCGUCUGCAAACCCUGGCUGCGACCGGCUGGAUCUGUCUCGUGCUGUUUGGGGAAGCGCUGGCAAUCUACCUGGCCAUACAGUUGUUAUAUUCUUCCUACUGGUUCCUGGGUAUCCUGUACGCUGUUUGGAUGCUGAACGAUAUUGAGAUCUGCCAGCGAGGUGGUCGAAAAUUCGAAUGGGUCCGCAACUGGUCGUGGUGGCGCUACUACCGCGACUACUUCCCCAUCAAGCUGGUCAAGACAGCAGAACUGGAUCCCUCCAAGAACUACCUCUUCGCUUGCUUUCCCCACGGGGUGGUCAGUUCUGGAGCCUUUGGGGCCUUCGCCACCAACGCUCUAGACUUCUACAAAGUGUUCCCAGGAAUGACAUGUAACAUGAUCACGCUUGGGGGCCACUUCCUUGUGCCUUUCUUCAGAGAUCUGAUCCUGGCGUUGGGAGGCUGCUCGUCUUCCAGAGAGAGUUUGCUGCAUUUGUUGGACCUGAAGAAAUAUCAGGGCAAAUGCGUAGCUCUCAUAGUGGGAGGCGCUGCAGAGGCGUUGGACUCGCACCCUGGGGAAUAUAAAGUGAUUUUGAGCAGGAGGAAAGGUUUUAUUCGCGUCGCUAUGUUGUCGGGCGCACCUCUAGUACCAGUGUUCUCCUUCGGCGAAACUGACGUGUUCCGACCACUGAAUAACCCUGAAGACGGCCUGCUGAGACGCUUCCAGGAGAAGGUCCGGCAGAUCACCGGCAUUUCCCCCAUGUUCCCGAUUGGGAGAGGAGUCUUCCAGUACUCCUUUGGGGUUGUUCCUCUUAGAUCUCCCAUUACUACUGUCGUUGGUACCCCACUCGAAGUGAAGAAGAACUUAGACCCGUCCCAGGAAGAAGUGGACGCGGUCCACGCCGAGUUCACGCAGAAGCUGGUGGAACUGUUCGACAAGGAGAAGGCAAAAUACCUCCCUAACCACAAGAACGUGAAACUAGUCAUCACAUAAUAUCACAAAAUCCACUUUACUGUACAGGGUAUUCAAGUUUAAGAUGUCCAGCCACUUAACGUGUAAUUAAGACCUACUUGCAGGGUUCGAUUUUGCGCUCAUUAUUCGAUUCUGACUUUUUUUAUUUUGUCACGAGCAUUUUUUGUCGUGGCCAUUCCUUUGGCAUUUUGACUGACUGAGUGCAUAAUAAAUAAGUAAUAUUUUGCAAGGAUUAAUUGAUUAUAAAAUGAAAAUUCAACUUUAAAAUUAAGGUGCUAGCUAAUGUUUCGGCACAAAAUAUGGAUGCUUCCUUCACUUCCUUAGAUAGAGUAGGAAAUAGUCACCACGACUACAUAGAUUUAUUAUUCUAAUGGUGCAAAAAAGAGAUAGGGUUAUGUAACCCUUACAUAUUUAUCACAUUAAUGAUAAUCCCGUAUUUUCUAAAGAUAAUUAAUUACUUAAGCCUAAUGUGUGCAAUUUUAAUUAUACUUAAUUGAUAAGUACCUACCUAUGAAGUGUCUUUGUGUUCACAAUUUUUUUAUUAUGAUAGAAUAGACUGAUUUAUAAGGUAAUUACUUAAUAAGUAGUGUUUUUUAUGCGAUUUGUAAUAAAUUAUAGCGUUUUAUGAUUCGUCAUUUAAAAAUAAUUUAAUAACAAGCCGGUACCACUAUGAUUACAUAGUUUGAAACUAGAAUGCAAUAAGUUGGACAACAUAAUUAUUUACUAUCAGAUUGUUAGCAUAAAACCAUACCAUGAUUUUGCUUGAAUUGUAAUAAUAGG